AUGCCGGCGGCAGCACCGCCGCCAGCCGUGCUUUUGCGGUCGUGCGGCACGGACGGCGUGUGCAUGCAGUGCAACAAGCUGCCGCCCGACGACCGCGUGCUCGUGUGCGACGCGUGCCGCGGCGAGUGGCACAUGCCGUGCCUCGUGCCGCCCCUCACCGCCGCACCCGCCGGUACGUGGCACUGCCCCGACUGCCACGAGGUCGAGGCAGAGAUGAACCGCGCGCCCAGCGCCGACGGCGGCCGAGACGGCCGUGCCGCGUCUGAUGCGGCGGCCGGCGGGGCCGAAGCGCUGAGAGAGGUGGAUGCCGCGGCGGCAACUGCGGGAGGCGGCGGCGAGGGCGAACUGCGCGCGAGAAUCCGUGCGAUCGAGAGCGACGCGUCGCUGAGUGACGCGGAGAAGGCGAGGCAGCGGCAGGCGCUCGUGAGCCGCCAGGCGACGACGACCGCGAGCGAGAGCGGCGGCGGGACGCGCGCGGACGGGGCGGGUGCGACGGCGCGGGGCGCAAACGCGGCAGAGGCGGCGGAGGCAGCGGCGGCGUGUUUCAGCGAGGCGAUGAAGUGCCCCAUCUGCCACGACCUCGUCGACCGCCCCGUCACCGUGCGAUUCUCUAUCUUCCCCCCGCUGUCACCGUGCGAUCUUCUUCCUUGCCCUCCAGUGCUUCCAUGCGCUCUUCACCCGCUUUCCCCCACGUUCCUUUCUUCACCGCCUAACUCUCUCCCCAUGCCUCCUAACUCCUCCUCCCCCCAUCCCUCCCCUCCCUAUUCCCGCCAGACCCCCUGCGGGCACAACUUCUGCCUCGUGUGUUUCCGCAAGUGGCUGGCGCAGGGCAAGCGCAGCUGCGCCAAGUGCCGCCGCGCGGUGCCGCCCGACAUGAUGAAGCAGCCGCGCAUCAACCCCGUCAUCGUCGCCGCCAUCCGCCACGCCAAGGCCGCCGCCGCCCGCGCGGCCGCCGGCGGGCUGUCCACGUCAGCAACACUGGCCAAGCCGUACGAGCCAAUCUGCAACGAGAAGCGGCCCGACCAGGCGUUCACCACGGAUCGCGCCGUGCGCAAGGGGCUCUCUAACGCGGCCUCGGGCCGGAUAUUCGUGACUAUAGCGGGGGACUUUUUUGGACCAAUCACGGCGGAGUACGAUCCGGAGAGGGGGACGGGCGUGGAGGUGGGCGAGACGUGGGCGAGUCGGCUGGAGUGUCGGCAGUGGGGCGCGCACCUGCCGCACGUGGCGGGCAUUGCGGGGCAGUCCCACCACGGCGCGCAGUCGGUGGCGCUGUCAGGGGGUUACGAGGACGACGAGGACAAUGGCGAGUGGUUCCUCUACACCGGCAGCGGGGGUCGGGAUCUGAGUGGCAACAAGCGCACGAACAAGGUGCAUGCGUUCGACCAGCGCUUUGAGAAGAGCAACGAGGCGCUCAGGCUCAGCUGCCUCAAGGGCUACCCCGUGCGCGUCGUCAGGUCGGAGAAGGAGAAGCGGUCCAGCUAUGCGCCACAGGCGGGUGUGCGGUACGACGGCGUCUACCGCAUCGAGCGUUGCUGGCGCAAGAAGAGUGGCGUGGGCUUCCUCGUGUGUCGCUACCUCUUCGUGCGCUGUGACAACUCGCCCGCCCCCUGGACCAGUGACGACGUGGGCGACAGCCCGGGGCGGAAGCUGCCGCAGGUGGCGGAGUUGAAGCAGGCGGUGGACGUCACCGAGCGCACGGGGCCGCCCUCAUGGGACUGGAUUGAGGAGAAGCAGCAGUGGGGGUGGGUGCGGCCGCCCCCAGCAUGCACCAAGCCCAUCGGCGGCACCAGCACGGCAUGGCGCUCUGCCAAGAGGCUGGCGGUGGGCAGCACGGGCGAGGCGGUGAAGAAGCGGAGGGCUGUGGCGCAGAAGAGACUCGCUAAAGACUUCGCAUGUCUGCUGUGUGGCGGCGUUCUCAGUGACCCAGUCUCCACGCCCUGCCAGCACAGCUUCUGCCUCGCGUGCCUGCAGCAGCGCUUCCACGGCCAGGCCGACACGCGCGACCGCUCCAAGACAGCGGGGCGGUCGCUGCGAGCGCAGAAGAUCGUCAAGCAGUGCCCCGCCGCGCGCUGCACCGCUGACAUUGCCGACGUGCUGUCCCGACUGCAGGUGAAUCACGACAUGGCAGACCUGAUUGCCAUGCUGCUGGCAGAGACGAAUGCACCAGAUGCAGACGAGGGGGAUGCGGGGGAGGGUGGGGAUGGGGGGGAUGCAGGAAAGGGCGGUGAGGAGGAUGGGGAGGAGGGCGCAGAGGGGGAGGAGGAUGAAGCGGAUGAGGAAAAAGAGGAGAAGGACAGCAAAGGGCAGGACGAAGGGAAGGAGUGUGAAGGAAGCAUCGAAGGUGUAGGAGAGGAGGGGCGGAAGGAGGAGGGGCGGAGCAAGGGGGUGCAAGCGUUAAAUGCGAUUGGUGCUGCGGGGAGCAGAGGAGGAGCGGGUGAGGGGGAGGGCAAGGGCGCGCAGGCAGAGGUGGAUGGGGGAAGGGAAGGCGGAGUGGAUGGCGGGAAGAGUGGGGGAGUAGUAGGUGCGCUGAGUACCCCUUCAGGUGGCGUUGCUGGUGUGACGACAGCAUCGGCACCGGCGGGUGCAGCAGCAGAGGGGGCAGCAGCAAAGGGGACGGCAGCAGUGGGCAAGGCAGUGGAAAGGGCAGAAACAGAGGGGGUGGCAGCAGGAAAGGCGACAGCAGCAGCGGCACUGGUGGGGUGCAGCUCGGUGGCAGGCGUCCCAGAGGACUUGCGGGAAGUGAUGAGGGACUACCCCGAAUUCGACCAGGCAACGCUGCGAGACAUGCUGGUGCGAAGGGGCGGGGAGGGGAGGGGUGGGUGGAAGGAGGGCGCAGAAUGGCGGGAGGACAUGUGGUUUUGUGCUGUGGUGGAUGGGGUUGCUGGUGGAUGGGGUUGCUGGUGGAUGGGGAUGGGGUUGCUGGUGGAUGGGGAUGGGGUUGCUGGUGGAUGGGGUUGCUGCUGUAAACCUUACAGAGGGUAG